AAGAGUGCACAGAUUUUGCACAGACUAAUUUAUGUUUCGAUCUCAGAUUUUUGAAAAAAUUGACCUGGCAACCUUGUAUUCAUCGUGUGUGUACAACCCAGCUCGGUGGCAAUGAUAGGGCACUCCAGCAAGUGCUAUCGUAGCCAACAUCUGGGGCAUUUGGUGGGCAAUCAGAGCGCUCAGAGUAUGGUAAACAAACAUUCGGGCGUUUCAAAUCGAGUAAAAUCUUAAUUUUUCUUAUCGUAGUGAUGAUAUUCUGAUCGAUAAUUUGCGGGGAAGUGCGGUAAAGGGUACUGAAUAAACAAGUACUUUGUAAUAUCCAAUUUUUUGUUAGCCAUUCUUUUUCAUUGUUUUGGUUUAAGCAGAAUGAUGCUGGCCACAGUUUCAUGACGUCAUAGCAGGAGGCUGGUACAACCCCUUCAUCGAUUGACUAAUUAAAAUUAAAAACAAACUAUCUAACUGUUUAGUGCUAUAAAAACAGUUGAAGUAUGAGCGAAACAGGGCCCCUGGCGAAAGAAGAACCGGAUAUCAAACUAGAGAUAUCGUACAAUGAAGAGACAAUAGAUGAUGCAAAAAUCGAGCCUCAAGUGAAUGAGAAGAAACCUACGGUAACUGCGGAACAUCUAAACGUGGAUGAUAAAAGCAUCAUUAAUCAGAACAGCCAAGGUGAUAAGACGAAUGCGAAGUUAGCCGUAGAUAAAAAUCGUCGGCACAAAUGUGACGUUUGUGGUAAAGCAUUCUCGGAGAAAUUCAUCCUCACGAACCACAUCCGCUCGCAUACUGGCGAGAGACCCUUUCACUGUGAGGUAUGCGGGAAAACUUUCAAACAGCGAAAUCAUUUGUGGCGACACAAGUUUACCCAUUCCGAUGCUCGACCGUUUGAGUGCAAGCAAUGCAAAAAGGGAUUCCUUACCCGAGAAUAUCUGGCAAUUCACAUGCUCGUCCAUGCUGGCAAGCAACGGUACCGGUGCGGUAUAUGCGGGAAGAUUUGCAGUACAAGUAAAGGCUUGGAAAUGCACAACAGAGCCCACAACGGCGAAGAUCCAUUCAAAUGCGAUACGUGCGGUAAAAACUUUUCCAACUUACAUUAUCUGACGUCUCAUCAACGGCUUCACACUGGGGAAAAUUUGUUCAAAUGUGAGGUAUGUGGCAAGGAAUUUGCUUUCAAAAGUCAUCUCCAGACUCAUAUGGUAGUUCACACGAACGACCGUGCCCACAAAUGUGACAUCUGUGGAAAAGGAUUCAUCUCGAACUGUCGUCUUGUGACGCACCUUCACACUCACACCGGUAACAGCCCGCACAAGUGUAAUCUGUGUGACAAGGUUUAUACAUCGGCCAAAGCGGUGCGAGCACAUAUGAAAGUUCAUGACAAUCCGUACAAAUGUGAAGUUUGUGGAAUGCUGUUCACGGAAAACUUGUCCCUGCGAAGGCAUCGCAGUACUCAUGUGGGAAAGAAGAUAAGGAAACGCUAUAAAGUUCGUCACCAUAAAUGUAGAGUUUGCGGCAUUGAAUGUGCCGAUGUGGAUGCUCUGAGAGAACACAGAAAAACGCACCCCAGUGUUAGAAUCGAACCACACAAAUGUGACAUUUGCAGUAUGAAAUUCGCACUGCACAAAACUCUCGAGCGGCACAUGAAAGUUCAUACCGAUGAAAAUCCGCACCGAUGCGAUGUCUGUGGGAAGCAGUUCCAGAAGAACAUGCUUCUCAAAAGACACGUGAUAUGUGUUCAUUCCAACAAAUUACCUUUCAAAUGUACGAUUUGCGAUGAAGGGUUUCCCUAUGAUCGGGACCUUCGGCAGCACCGGUUCGUGCAUCUGAACGUUGCAACGGAACAGUGUACCAUUUGCGGCAUUAAGUAUAUGAAAGGUAAGAACGGACUGAAAACCCACAUCGAAAAAAAGCAUCCCGAAACAAUUUCGGGACAAGAUGGAACGAACGAAACGAGCAUAAUGCCGCAGGAUACAGGAAACGAUGGUCCGGCACCGCAAGUAGACGGUAUCGCCCAAUCCGAACAAAAAUCGGAAAAUACCGACAAAAAAACUGAUUCGGAUAAAAAGUCGUCUAACCCCGCCACUGUCAGUAAAACCAAAAAGAAGCCUUCUUUCAAAUGUGACAUUUGUAGCAAAGAAUUUUCCACACGACCACUACUCGCUUCGCACAGAGUUCGGCAUACGAACGAAAAGCCCUUCGGUUGUGAUGUUUGUGGGAAAGAUUUCUACCGCCAAGCCGAACUACGAAGACACCGGCUCAGUCAUACCAAGGAGCGAUUGCAUAAGUGUACGCUCUGCGAAAAGUCGUUCACCACCAGUAGCUACUUGACGAUGCACUUGCGCAUCCACACCGGGGAACAGUUGCACAGAUGCGACGUCUGUGGCAAAGGCUAUAACACCCGGGAAGGAUUGACGCUGCACCGUCGAAGCGUGCAUACCGGCGAACGGCCGUUCUCGUGCGAUAUAUGCGGCAAAUCUUUUCCUAUUUACAAUCAAAUGAAGCAGCAUCAGCGAAUUCACACCAGUGAAAGAACCGUCAAAUGCGAUAUGUGUGACAAAGCGUACUUCACUGAAAGUCAACUGCGGCGGCAUAAGAUUUCGCAUAGUGACGUGAAGCCGGUCAGUUGCGAUGUCUGUGGAAAAGGUUUCAUGGAUAAUUACUUCCUAAAAUUGCAUCUUCCGAUUCACACGGCAGAUGGUUUGCCGCACAAGUGUGAAUUCUGUCCGAAACAAUUUUCCACGUUGAAUCAUCUUACCCAACAUCGACGGAUUCAUACCGGUGAGAAACCGUACAACUGUGGUGUGUGCGAUAAACAGUUUAUUCGACCGGUGGACAUGCUUAGACACGAACGUAUUCAUGCCACCGAGCGACCAUACCGUUGUGUAACCUGUGGCGAAGGCUUUCUUAAACAAAUCGAUUGCAAACACCACAAGCAGCAAGCUCAUGGUGGCAAACCACUGGCAUGUUGCCAGCUUUGUAAUAAACAGUAUGGAACACAAAGAAGCCUGGAACGCCACAUGACUGCGGUGCAUUCGGACGAAGCUGAUACUGCACUAUUGGAGGAACCCAACAUCGAUUCUGAGCAGCAGCAGCAGCAGGCGCCGGAACAUUUGCAGCAAGUGGAAAAAGAAGAAAUUUCCGCCCCGCAGGUUACCGAAGAUGCUCGUGAAUGAUCUGAUCAAGUAGGGACAAUGUAAGUUUUGAAUCUUACGGCACAUUUGACAGACGAAAUAAAAAAAGUAUUAUAGAAAAUUUCAGUUCAUGUUUUAAUUCUUUUCCCAAAGCUUGUGAACAUUUUGAUAUCAUGGAAAACUCAAUAAACGUGAAUGAUAAAAAUCGUCGCA